CGAGACCUUAAAUAGUAUGCUAAUUGUUGGCACGGUAUUUAGGGCUCAGCGAGCACCUAUGCGGCCCAUGUUGUUUGUCGACAAGAAAGGAGCCACCAAAGCCAUUAGCAUUAGUUAGUUAUUAGCGGUACCACACCCAUACCACUCUAUUGUUGGCUCCUUGGACCGACCAUUGGCAUGAGACUAGUUGACUGCAAGUCCAGCCUUUUUGCCCAACAAAAUAAGAAGAAGGAGGCAACGCCUCUCAAGAAAACCUGAAAUCGUUAUCAUUCAAUCAGCAUACUACAGUGUGCUAGCAUAGCUGCCAUUAGCUAUUAGUCCAAGAUGGGUCGUUAUUCGGGGACAUUGGCCAACUUGGUGGAAGAAGCAAUCAGUGCUGGCAAGACUUCCCGCGGCAACAACCACAAGAAUCACAGUCGAGCUGUGACGGCCCAAAAUCUCUGGAACAAAGUCUUGCAGUAUUUGGAGAAUCACUCGACCACCGAUGGGGCCAUUGAACGACCGGAAUUCGAUUCCCCUCUGCCACCUUACUCGGUGCCUUCGGAAAUCCUGGACGAACAAUUGCUGGAACGCAAAUUUGGACCUCGACAAGACAAUACCAUUUUGAAACUGGCCGUCACAUCGGCUCCUGCUCCCGUUGUGGCCGCACUCUGUCAUUUGCAGCCUCAUGCGGCAAGAAUUCCAGAUCAUCGCGGCAAAUUGCCACUGCACGUGGCCUGUCGAAGACAUCCCAAUGAUCCCGAUACCCUGCAGAUCUUCGAAAUCCUAUUGGCCGUCUACUACGAAGCACUGGCCCAUCGAGACACUGCCGGACGGACACCUCUGCAUUGUCUCUUCAUGUACCAUCAUGCACCCCAUCGAACCGUCAAUCUGGUCAAGGUCUUCUGUCAAGAUUUGCCACCCAAGUUGAUUGAAACCCUGAAACAGCCGCAAUCCACUGGAAACAACAACAGCAGCAACAACAACCCAAACGAUAGUCUCAAUCAUACGGAUCUAGACGAGUACCCGUUGCCAGAAGUACCCAAUCCAUCCAUCAAAGAAAAAGUACCUUCGAAUGCGGCCAUUAUUCCAGAUGCUCGUCAUGGAGCUCUUCCGUUGCAUUAUGCUGUCAUGGAAGGGGCGUCCCGAGAUGUCUUGCGCUACCUAUUGCAAGUCUACCCAGAAUCCAAACGAUUGGUCGAUCGCAUGGGACGAACGGCCUUGGCAUGGUACCUGGGAGCGGGACAUGUCGUUGGCGAUCCGGAUCAUCACAACAAUAAUAAUGGUAGCAACGGCAACAAUGAUAACCACCAUCGACUGCUGGUAACGGGAGAACCCACGGAUCCACAUUCCAUCAGCUGGUGGGAUAAGAACAAGGUGGAGUCGGCGACGGUCCAAUUAUUGCUCAACAGUCGAUCCGCUCGCAUGGCAGAUUCCACGGGACGAUCACCCCUCCAUUGGGCCAUUAUGACAUUGGCACGCAAUCACUACUUUCUGCAACAUCCACAAUUGCAACAACAAGGACCCAAUGUAUCCAUGAAAACCAUCCAGCUCUUGUUGGAUCAUUACAUGGAAGGAUUGGUCCAGGGUGACAUGGAAAACAAGACUCCGCUGCACCUGCUCUUUGAUGCGGUCAAGGAAGUACAGGAACAAGAAUGGAGACGAAUCCAACGAAACAAGGUGGAACGAAACGAUGUGGAUCUUACACAAGGAGGAAUCAAGGCGACCAGUGUGGCUGCCGCUGUGGCCAGAAUGAAACGAGAUACCACUCAUUCCAUUCCCACGGCCACGGGAAACUUUGCACCGUCUAUGGAGUUGGUGGAAAUCUUGAUUUCGUCCGGUAUCAGUGGUGGAUCGCUCGUCGGGGAACCACCCGCCGCGGCCGUCUUGGAAGAACGAUCGGCCGUGUUUAUGGAAGAUGUGGAUGGACGAUUGCCCAUUCAUGCAGCGGUCGAAGUGGCAGCUUGUUCCGAAGUUAUCAAAGUCCUCAUCAAGGCACAUCCAACCAGUUUGGUCCAUACCACGGAAGACACGUUGGUGGCUCCACUGCAUGCGGCCGUCAUGUCGCCGUAUGUGGCUCCCAUGCAAACACCCGAAACCAUGAAACUCAUUCUACGAGCCUACGUGGCAUCCAGGCAUGGGACCUAUGUCGAUGGAAGGCUGGCACUGAAAAUGGAAGAUGCUGAUGGAAAUUAUCCCAUUCACUACGCCUGUAGGAACAAUGCUUGUCUGGAAGUUGUGCAACUCUUCGUGGAGGAAUAUCCCAAGUGUGCCUUGUUUCAAACUGCCGAGGGGGAUCUACCCUUGCACACAUUGGUGGACAAGUACGCCUUUCAGGGGAAUCCCGAUGGUCUGCCUCCUCAGGGAGCCAGUUUGGCCGUGUCGACAACUUGGUCUUCGCCCGAGGAGGAAGCACUGCAUCAAGACAGACUUGCAGUCGUGCAGCAAAAGAUACGCCUGCUGGUGGAUCCCAUCCUGGCGUCGACACAAGUCACAGAUAUGCUUCAAAUCGCCAGCUAUGAUCAUGGAAUGUUGCCCCUCCAUAUCGUCUGUGCCUGGGGAGCUGCUCCCUACAUCACCGUCAAACGAAUGCUUGACAAGUGUCCGUCCUCUGCGGAGCAGCUCACUACGGUAGAGAAGUAUGAGGUUUCGCCGUUGGAUUUGCACGAGAACUACAAAGAUAACGUGGUACGCGCCGAAAUGUCUUCCAAAAUGGAUCGAGAGUGGCGGCAAAUCCGAGAGUUGCUCUUUAGCUAUUCACCCUUGGUGGGGCGUCAUCGACAUCUCAAUGACAUUCUGAUGCAAUCAGUACGUGUCGUCCGAGCUGAGGUGGCGAACUCCAUCGGAUCCUGCAGUGAUGUGGAAGAGAGUUUUCAUUGGAGAAUUGAGCAGGAGAUGAAGAACCUCCCGCAGAUGCCAGCGAUAGAAUUGUCGGACACCUUUGCAUCCAUCGAAGUCCCCGAUAUUGACCAUGGUGGACGACCCUUGUCGAAGAAGGCGAUUGAACGCUCGAGGCAGGCAACGACACCAAAAAGCAAGAAGCACAAGACCAAGAGUAAGAAAACCGGCGCCAGCAAGGACUCCAGCGUCAGGAGCGGCAGAAAGAUGGGUCUGAGUUAUUCCGGUUCUGUCGCCAAGAAAUCGAUUUACGACGAUGAUGUACUUGAUGCUGGCUACGUUGUUUCCGACAGCGACAGGGAAGACAAUGAUGAUUUUGAAGACGACUACUUCUCGGGUCCAGAAAGCGCGGAAGAGUACCUGUCGGAUGAGUCCGAUGAGCGAUUCGAUUCAUUUGACGAAGACGAAUGCCGCGACCCGACCGUGACUACUGCAGGAUCAUGGGAUGCAAGCGGGGCUCCUGGUACGAGCAACAAAGAUUCGGCUGGGCGUCGGAACAGCAACAGUGCCAGAGAAGAGAAGAAGGACGAGAGUGAAGAGGCUCAUGCAUCUGGGGCUACGACGCGGUCUGCGUCUGCUGGACCGAAGAAGUUCAGUGACGUUGGCAUGAGACUCUUGACCUUUUUCGUUCUCUUCUGCGACGAGAAGAAUCCUUCUGACAACUAUGCAAACUUGGUCGAGGGAAUUUUUGAUGAGAUCUCACGCUCUGUUGUUGACCAAGUUGUCUCCAUGCCUUUGCCUCCAUACUCGGCUCAGUACUUGGAAGGAAAUGUCCGCUUGGAAGGACUCACGCUCCGUGACGUUGCCAGCCCAAAGUGCCGAAAGUUGAUUCACAACCUCUUUUACUUCCUCGGUCGUUUUGACUUCCGAUCCGAGACAGGUGGCAUUCUUCUCAACCGCACGACGGAUUCCGCAACAGUGCAAGUUCGAUCCACUGAAUGGACCUUCUCUACCGAGGAAUACAAUGAAGCCCCUGAGGUUGCACCAGGCGUUGCCGAAGCGCAAGUGUGGGAAACGGGCGUCAUUCCGCACGAAGAAGUUGGGUACCUGGGUGCUACGUUCAAGGCUAUGCGACGAAGUAUUUGCUUCAUGUUCACCAAAAAUGCUCAAACAUACUACAACGAAGUCCGCCGUCGUUCGGAGUUGGGUGUUGCUGUCGAGGGCGGAGCUUUCUCAUCGAGCCAUAUCGUGCCUUUGAUUGCUCACUACAAUGCUGCAUCGCUCGAUCGGAGAGAGGACCGAAUGUACAGAAAUGACACCAACAACGAAAGUUUCAUCACAUUGGACAUUUUCGGCAAGAGCGGCAACGCUGCAGCAAGCGAAUCGAUCUGCUUGACUGACUACCCCUAUGCAUUGGUGUUCCCCUACAGCAACUAUGGUGAUCUCUUUGACUACUUCUUUCGCCACGGUGUUGAAGGCAUGGAGGAGACACGCGAAAUUUCUAUUCAAAUCGGAAAGUCGUUGUCGUUUAUGCACGGACAAGGUAUUAUCCAUGGAAACGUUGCCAUGCGAAACAUUGUUCUUUUUCCACCAGUAGAAGAUGCUGAGUUCGAGGAAGGACGGAGGCACUGGGCACUGACAAAUCUCUCUGGAGCCUGUCGCCUUUCGGAUCAGAAUUCCUACAUCGGGAAAGUAUCGUUCCAAGGGAUGGCUGACUUCUAUUCCGCUUCGCAGCCCCCAGAAAUGUUUGUCAAGCUGGAACCGGAGGAGAUCAAGGCUUACAAAAACUACUGGGACGCGGUUGAACGUGAAUUUGGGGUCAAGGUCGAUAGAGCAGUUGUGGACCCUGUCGUCGAUUUCCAAAGUGGGGCAUCGUAUGUCAUGCGAUGCCACUUUGUACCGAGCGAGGCGCGUUCUGACGAAGUGGACUUGUUGCCGCCACUUCCAUACAAGCUGCUGCCAGCACGGGAAUCCGCUGAUAUUUGGGCUUUUGGACAGUUGUUGUUCAUGCUUUGUAGCUCAGGCCGCCCGCUUUUUCCCAUCAACGCUCGAACGGGAAAUCUAUUGAACUACAAAGAUAUCUGUGAGUGGAAAAUGGACAAAGCCGAGGCGAUGAUUUACGAGCACGUUGAGGAUCCGCUUGCGCAAGACAUUCUUUUGAGACUGCUUUCUCCAUACGAGAAAAGGUCUUCGCUGUCCAUGGACAAGCUGUUGUGCCAUCCAUACUUCAAUGAUGGUGAGAGGACUUCUGCUGUAGCUCAGGCCGUGGCAGAGAAACGAAACAAGGCUAGCCUAGCAUUCAGAAGGUGGCUGGAGAAUAAUGUGAACGAAAAAACUGAUGAAGGGUGGCUGAAGGAGCGCACUGUUGCCGUCGCCUCGUGGGACUUUGAUUUACAAAGAAGAAUCCACUUGACGCCAACGGCGCUGCUGCCAGACUUUCUUUCCCGAAAUGCCGAACACAUUGGCAUCCCAUGCAGUUUCGUUAUCCUUCCUUACAAGCUCGUCAUGAACAAGAAAGGAGUGUUGACUCCACCUUCUAAGCGCGAUGUGGAACGCGCAGAACGACUGGGGCUCCGAAUGCUUUCUUUGAGCAAAGCGUGCCAGUUUAUUAGUGCCAUGAAGACAGCAAUUGAAAACAUGGGCGAAGUAUCAAGCUGGCCCUUGUCUUCAAUAUUAGAAGCAAUGGAUCUUCCAAAGGAGGAGUUCGCAACUCCUCGGACAAGGCUUGCCCAGCUGGCCUCCGAGCAUGUGGAACAGUUUCGAUCAAACCCACUGCAAAUUGGCCUGAAGUUGAUUCAAGAGCAAGCCAGGGAGUUUUUGGCUUGUUACGACGAUGCAUCCAAGGUGAUACUGUAUUUGGUCGACGAAUACAAGGGUGUGCCAGUGGUGAGCCCCUCCGCCGCACCGUUUCCUUUCUCGGUUCAAUCCUCUUUGAGACGAGAAGUUGCGAGACGAGGGCUACCAUUCAUGUAUCUUUGUGCCCGAUACUUUCGAUCUGUUUCCGGAGGUGUGCCUGGUUUUGUGAAACUCAUCUUCGAAGCUGCAGCACCUCAUGUUCCUCAUUCUUGGCGACCGACCUGCAAAGGUUUGGACUGUUCAUUUGAUGAGAAGAGUAUCAUGGACGACAUGAACAUGCUGUGUGAAGCUAUUUGUUGCCCCUCUUUCAGUUCGUCAUCCAUCGAAGAUGACUUCGACUUCAUGCACAAGUUCCUUGGAGAGAUAGAUACACGAAGAGUGUACGCUAAUUUGCAACGAGUCUCGUGUGGUGAAGCGUCGGUGUGGACUGGAGCGGAAGGAGUGAGAGAAAUUCAGGAGGCCACAAGAAGCUAUGGCUUCAAAGAAGCGAUUGAGAAUAAGAACGAAAUGGAUCAGAAAAUGGCAGCACAAGAGGCGCGCAUCAAGGAGCUGGAGGCCGAACUGGAAAAGCUCAAGUUCCGCAGCGAGCUGCAGCUCGUUGUGCCCGAAGAAGCAGCCAUCAGCACCCCUGACGCCGCAACUGGCAGCAGCCCAACUGCAAAACUUUCGGCUGUGGGCAAGCCCAUUUCGUCAGCGUCAAAAUUUGCAGCUGCCCUCUACGAACACGGCGUCAAGUGCAUGGAGGCAAACGUCGAUGUUAUUGCGUCCUCUGCGCAGACCCAAGAAGAGUCAAAGCACCUGCUUGCUGAGGUGGAGAACACCAGUCCAGUUUUGUCAGCUCCAGUAGAUUUCAGCGACGCCGCUAAGAAGCAAAACGGCGAAGGAGUCGCAGAAGAAACUGAUCCGCCAACACCCACAGCGGGAAACGUUGCUGUCAACGAAUACGGUGUAGCAACCAGGAUGGUUCCAGACGCCGAAGAACACCCUGAACAUUCGUUUCCGACGCUUGAGUCGGAGCUUCAACAAGAGUUCUUUGACGUUAUGUCGGAAGAACCAGCCACGACACAGAACUUGGCAACGCAGCCACCAACCGCAGCAACAAAGUCCCAGCCUCUGAAAGCCCCCCAACCACAAACGGUAGAAGCAACCACAAGCCAUGACUUCAUAACAAGGGCCGUAGUAGAAGAGGCUGAGUCAUUUUCGGAAUCGCUCCUGGAAAACUUGUCGUUUGAAUGCAUUGCCAAGAAGAAACCUGACGUCCAACAAGCCCCCCGCGACCAGGAGCAGAACGAAGACAGGAAGGACGAUGAGUCAGAGUCGGAAACCACCCGGUACGAGGAUGCUGCAGACAAACCUCCACAGGAGCCCCAAGAGCCAGUGCCAGAUUCACAACAUCUCCCCCCACAGCCAACGCAAAGACAAGAAGACGACCCAACAGUGUAUUCACAAAGGACAGAAGCAACGCAACCAUCACAGCUGAAGUCUGCUCCGUUCAGUUAUGGCGAAGACCAAGUGAAGACAUUGCUGGACGACAUGUUUGCGGAAGCCGAGGCCGAGUUUUCCGCACCACUCACACCACGGACUCCCAGGAAAUCACCCGGACUGCCGCCGUCCAAAUCACCGCGAAAGUCGCCUCGCAAGUUUUUCGGAAGUGAGCCAAAUUCACCCAGGCCCACAACAAGAGAAACUCGAGAAGAUGCCCACGACUUUAGCACCAUCACCACGGACCCAGCCAAAACUGGCACAGGAGACAACUCGCCCUAUCUCGAAGUGACACAUUUGGAGUUGUCGACACUCAAGAAGAAGAUGAUUGCUGGACGAUCACCCAAGGGGUCCACUUCUUCGCCUCGUAGUGCCGCCAAUGAAUCUCGUGGCGAGACGCUGUCCGAUUUGAUUCAAAAGAUUGAUGACUACCAGUCAGAUAAGACGAACGGAGACAAGAUUGUGCAGCGAGCGGAACUGGCCACCAGGAACAUUGACAGAGUGAUCAUGGCGAGCCCCAACAGAUCCAAACGGGAACCAUCCGAAGUACCAAAGUCUGGAAAUGGCAACAUCGUUAUAACCAGCGAAUGGCCGAAUUGCCCCGUUCCCGAAGUUAAAAGCAGUAGCAAAGUGAAUCGACUGAACAACUAUCUCCACCUCGGAGCCAGUAAAGCCAAGAGUCCUACUUUUGAUGUGAACACGGCAGCAGACCACGAACGGCCCAAGCCUCUGAGCUCGCCCCAAGCCAAAGUUCGAAGGACGGCGAUUGAGAGUCCCGUGGCUGGGACGAAGUAACGAUCUACCGUACCUACGUGGUUGGGAAAAUCUAUCUGUGGCAGUGCACCUAAUGUGAAUGUUUAUGGGACCACAUACUUCAUCUCGAGCGAUCCAUUGGCGCGCUCUGUGGGAUAUUGAAGUCAUCGACAGCAUUGGAGCUAGCUACUAGAGGCCGGUAUGCUGGUUGUAAGCAAAAGACAGUAAUGACCGCAUAACGUAAUGCAUGUUUUUCACCAAGAACCAUCCGUACAG